AUGAACAGAGGGAUUCUCUUCUUGCCCUUCCUUGGCUUCCUCCCACUUGUGAUACCUACAUGCCCUCUGCCAUGCAAAUGUGCCACCAACAUUAUUGACUGCACGUCAAAAGGCCUAACUGUAACAAAACUACCCGUUGCUUUCCGGCCAUCAGCUGAAAUUAUCAACCUUGCUUACAAUAGUCUCACCUCUAUUCCCAAUGGGCUCUUUGACAACCUAAAGAACCUCCAGACAGUCCACUUGCAGGGCAACCCUUGGGAAUGCAACUGUGACAUCCUCUAUUUGCGCUCCUGGCUCCAGUGGCAGCAGAACCGGACCUUUUACAGGGAUGUGAGAUGUGCUUCCCCAGCUCACCUUCAGGACCGGAUCAUCGCUUAUCUGACAGAAGAUGAGAUCGUUUCCACGUGCCAGCACUGGUACUGCACCCUGGCUCUCCUCUCUCAGCUCUUUUUGUUCAUUCUCCUUUUAGUCCAGGCUAUCUUGGUCAUCUUCAUCAUUCUCUACCUGCGGAGAUUUCGGAGGAUGACUGCCGAAGCCCGGAGUACCACCCAAGAUCUACACCAGCAUGCAGAUACCUGGCCCCUACAACAGUGA